AUGUCGACAAACUCUUCUAAAAGAACCGUUACUACCACCACCGCCCCAACGCAACACUCCGGGACCUCCCUAAAUGCUGUGCACCAUUUUGUUUCGAUUAAGCUAAACAAUCGGAACUUUUUAUUCUGGCGCACCCAGAUUGUUCCAUUCUUGCGUGGGCAGGGCCUCUUAGGCUUCAUCGACGGCAGCUCCUCAUGUCCUCCGGCGACAGUUCCCGCGGCGGUGCAACCUGGCGACUCCGGCACCACCGUAGCAGGGUCAACCGUAGAUAACCCAGCGCACACCGCUUGGGUCCAACAGGAUCAAUCGAUCUUGUCUCUCAUGAUCUCAUCGCUCUCAGAUGAGGUUAUGCCUCUGGCGGUUGGUCGGGAGACUUCCAGAGAUGUUUGGCUCGCAAUCAAAGAAUCGCUAGCAUCUUCCACGAGGGCUCGGUGCCUCAAUUUGUUGGGGCAAUUCCAGACACUCCGGCAAGGCAGUAUGACGGCCUCGGAGUAUCUCGGCAAAGCCAAAUUGCUGGUCGAAGCUCUCUCCCUCGCCGGUCACAAUCUCACCCUCGACGAACAGGUUCUCUACGUGCUGCGUGGACUCCGGCCGGAGUUUCGGGCGUUAGCCAGUGCACUCACUGUGACUGGAAAGUCGGUGACCCUAUCCCAGCUCGGUGAUCUUUUGCAGGCGUAG